GACCUGAGCAAGGGGGCGGGGUCGCCGCGCGGCUGGGGGGCGGCGUGGAUCCGGAGCUACCCGGAGGCCCAGGCGAGCGGAACUCUGAAGACACAAUCCAGCCUCUGCCCUUUUCUUCCUUAUUUAAAAGAAAACUGGUGGCUGUAAAAGGCCCUAUAGUCAAACUCAAUAUUUUUUCAGAAUCAUUUUUAUUGACAUAUACAACAGAAAGGCUAAACACAAAAAUGAGAAAAGUUGAUCUCUGCUUAAACUCUGAAGGAUCUGAAGUGAUUUUAGCUACAUCCAGCGAUGACAAACACCCACCUGAAAACAUAAUUGAUGGGAAUCCAGAAACAUUUUGGACCACCACAGGAAUGUUUCCCCAGGAAUUCAUUAUUUGUUUUCACAAACAUGUAAAGAUUGAAAAGCUUAUAAUUCAAAGUUACUUAGUGCAGACCCUGAGGAUUGAAAAGACCACAUCUAAAGAGCCAACUGGUUUUGAGCUGUGGAUCCAGAAAGAUUUAGUGCACACAGAGGGACAGCUUCAGAAUGAAGAAAUUGUGGCCCGCGAUGGCUAUGCCACUUACUUGAGAUUCAUUAUUUUAUCAGCCUUCGAUCAUUUUGCAUCUGUGCAUAGCAUUUCUGCAGAGGGAAUAGCAGUAUCAACGCUUUCUUAGUAACUAUAAUGAAGUGUUCUUACAUGAUUCUUAACAAUAUAUUUACUUCAACAUGAAAUUUUCACCAAAAUACGUUAUUAAAAGGAUUUGUGUCAAACU